AUGUCUGACACUGGUCGCCAAUCUUUCACUGACAAGGCCGGCGCUGCUUUGAAGCCCGAUAGCCAGAAGACGACCACCGAGCAGUUUGGCGAUGCCGUCAAGGGCAAGACCGACUCGCUCGCUUCCACCCUGCAACCCAACUCCGAGAAGAGCACUUCCCAGAAAGCUGGUGACACCUUCUCAUCCAACCAGAACCACACCGACGAGAGCCUCCUUCAGAAGGCCAAGAACGCGGUCGGAAUGGGUGAUAAGCACUAG